AUCGAAGACAGACGGAAAGCGCUCGGUAAAUUCCACGGGAAAGGCUGUGAGCAAAGAAGAAAAACGUUUCCCAAGGCGUCAAAUGCUCAAAAAAGGACCGUCGAUUUAAGCAAUGUACCGGAGGAUCUCAGCCACGUCCCUGGAGGAGAUCUUUUUUUGCAGCUCCAGACGGAUGAUUUGCAUUUGUAUUUUUAUACAGAUAUUGUUGAAAAGGCGCGCGACGACGGGAUGUACGCACUUAUUGGGGACGGCGUUCAUAAUCUGAAUCCUGUCACAAUUCCAAAUCGGAUGGACAAAGGGCAGUUAUAUGUUCUCCACGCAGCUAUUCAAGGCGUCAUAGAGGUUCCAAUCCUCUAUGCCGUCACAAGGUACAAAACUGUGGAAACGUAUAAGAGAAUUUUUGAAAAACUCUGCGAGACACCGGGAGACUGCAACGACAGAUUCAUUUUGGACUUCGAAAAGGCAGCAAUUCGAGCAGCCAAGGAACGUUUCCACAAGCCAAAGUACAAGGAUGCGCAUUCCAUUUGCGCAAGCGUGGAAUAG